AGAGAAGUACACAGAGCAACACACUGAUACUUUUCGUUUCCGUUACCCUUCCGCCCGUAUACGAUACAAGAGCUACCACCGGCGGUUUCCUCCGUCAACAUCUUCGCAGAUUUUCCCCGGCGUCCACUAUUGGCCACCGGAUACGACGGUGCGUAUGGCUCAGCCGCCGUUCGAUCCGUACUACCUGUACCAACAAGAUGAUCGGAGCAACAUCAACACGCUCUUCGUGUCGGGGCUCCCGGACGACGUGAAGGCGCGUGAGAUUCACAACCUCUUCCGCCGCCGCCCCGGCUUCGACUCUUGCCAGCUCAAGUACACCGGCCGCGCCAACCAGGUAGUGGCGUUUGCUACGUUUUUCAACCACCAAUCGGCAAUGGCAGCGCUGCACGCCUUGAAUGGUGUGAAAUUUGAUCCUCAAACUGGAUCUGUUUUACAUAUUGAGCUUGCCAGGUCAAACUCUAGGAGAAAGCGAAAACCAGGCGGUGGAGCCUACGUGGUUAUAGAUAAAAGGACCAAAGGGGAGCGUGAUGUUCAGGGAUCAUCAAGUGAUGAUGGGGACAGUGACCCUGACGAACCAUCAGAGAGUGACGGCAACCAUGGUGAUUUAUCAACCAUACCAAGUGAUGAUGGAGCUGUUGGUUCUGGCCAUGCUAUACCCGUGGAGCAACAUGAAAAGGGCAGUGCCGGAGGACUGUGUUCCACUCUCUUUAUCGCAAAUCUUGGCCCAAACUGCACUGAAGAUGAAUUAAAGCAAGCCUUUUCUUCAUAUGCUGGAUUCAACAUGGUCAAAAUGCGCUCUAGAGGAGGAAUGCCAGUUGCAUUUGCUGAUUUUAAGGAACUUGAUCAAGCUGUUAAAGUCGUGGAGGAGCUUCAGGGAAGCUUGCUUCCAUCAUCGGAUCGGGGUGGCAUGCACAUAGAAUACGCAAGGUCUAAAAUGAGGAAGCAUUAGGAAAAAAAGUUGGAGUAGCCAACUGAAUAUCAACAAUUUCAAAUAGCCAACACAACGGAAUUCAUUUGAAAUGUGACCUUUUGUCAGACUAAGGAUACUCAUCCAUCAUGUGUCUGCUUCUGUCAAAAGCUAUGGUAAACGAUUGAAAUGCAUUACCAUCGCUUAACGCUUGGAUGGAAUUACCUUAUUUAUAUAAUUUGAUCAUCUCAUCCUCAUCAA